AUGGAUCCUACCGGGAACGAGACACACUGUCGCCAUUCCUCGCUUUUCCGAUGUCCUGGUACAACAAAGUGUAUUUCGAAGCAUCGUCUUGUCGAUGGACAGGUCGAUUGCUUUGGAGGCGCCGACGAGUUGUUCAAUGAAUCGUGUGCAUUGAAUGAGCGUUUUCGAUUCCAAUGUACUUCAGAAAACAAGUGUCUCUCGCCGAGAGCCAUAGCUGACGGAGUGGCUCAAUGUGCUAAAGUUGAAGACGAAGAUUUUCGCUUUUAUCAACGUGCAGAGGUUUCAUUUCCGCAUAUAUGUAACGGAUAUCAUGGACAUACAUGGGCAAUGUUGAUCGAUGGAAAAGAAGAAACAGAAGAAACCAAUUGUGAGCAGUGGCCCUGUGAUACAGCAUAUACGCGCUGUGAUGGGGCUUGGCAUUGUCCAAAUGGCACCGAUGAACGAUAUUGCAGCGACCCAUGGUGUCAAUUUGAUCAACAUCCGUGUGUGUCAGUUUUGAAUCACACUGUCAUUUGCUUGUCUUGA